UAUUGGGCUGUGCUCCUGCUCGAUGAUCAUGGCUUCCGCCGUGCUGCGUCGAGGCGCUACGUCCUCAGUGUUCUCCGGCGCGGUCUCGCGGAUGCUGCUUAUCGCCGUGGCUCUGGUAGCUUCGCCUCGCCGGCUCGGCGUGACGGCUGCUGGUGCGGAGAUGAGGACGAGCAGCCCGGACCCGAACUGGCACGUCGUCGUCAGCGUCGCCUCCCUUCUGCCGGCCGCCGUCUGCACGCCGUCCACAGCAGGAUCAAACUCGACGGUCCUCAACGUCGUCCACCGGCACGGUCCGUGUUCGCCACUGCAGUCGCGCUCGCGCGGCGGCGCGCCACCCCACAUCGAGUUGUUGUACCAUGAUCAGGCCAGAGUAGACUCCAUACACCGCAAGAUCCGUGCCGUGUCGACGGUGCUCGACCAAACCGAACGUGCCGUGAAGGGCGUGUCCCUGCCAGCGCAGCGUGGCAUCUCCCUCGGCACCGGCAACUACGUCGUGUCUGUUGGCCUCGGGACGCCGGCCAGGGACAUGACGGUGAUUUUCGACACCGGCAGCGACCUUUCGUGGGUGCAGUGCACGCCGUGUUCGGACUGCUAUGAGCAGAAGGACCCGCUCUUCGACCCGGCUCGAUCGAAGACAUACUCCGUUGUGACCUGUGUUGCGCCGGAGUGCCAGGGGCUCGACUCGCAUAGCUGCUCGCGGGACAAGAAAUGCCGGUACGAGGUCGUGUACGGCGACCAGUCGCAGACCGACGGCGACCUGGCGCGCGACACGCUGACGCUGGGGACGCCAUCGGACACGCUCCCGGGCUUCGUCUUCGGUUGUGGCGACAAGGACACCGGGCUGUUCGGCAAGACUGACGGGCUCGUCGGCCUCGGCCGCGAGAAGGUGUCGCUGUCGUCCCAAGCGGCGGCCAAGUUCGGCGCGGGUUUUUCCUACUGUCUCCCGUCGUCGCCGAGCGGGGUGGGGUACCUGACACUCGGCAGGUCGGCACCCGGGAACGCGCGGUUCACGGCGAUGGCGACCCGCCGCGACACGCCGUCGUUCUACUACGUCAAUCUCGUCGCCGUCAAGGUCGGCGGGCGGGCGGUCAGGAUCUCUCCGGUGGUGUUUGCGUCCGCUGGCACGGUGAUCGACUCCGGCACCGUGAUCACCCGGCUGCCGCCGCGCGCCUACGCCGCGCUCCGUACGGCGUUCGCGCGCUCCAUGGGCAGGUACAGGUACAAGAAGGCGCCGGCGCUGUCCAUCCUGGACACAUGCUACGACUUCACGGGGCACACGACGGUGCAGAUACCGUCUUUGGCACUGGUGUUCGCCGGCGGCACCACCGUGGAGCUCGACUUCAGCGGGGUGUUGUACGUGGCGAAGGCGUCGCAGGCGUGCCUAGCGUUCGCGCCCAACGGCGACGGCACGGACGUCGGCAUCCUCGGGAACACGCAGCAGAAGACGCUCGCGGUGGUGUACGACGUGGCCAACCAGAAGAUUGGGUUCGGCGCGAACGGCUGCAGCUGAUGGCUAGCUUCUGCUGCUUGCUCGAUCGGGCUUAAUUGGGUUCGGCCUAGUGCCCGAGAGUAUGAUGGUGAUUUUGAAGCGCCAGAUGCGCCAAAUGUGAGUUUGGACAUCGAAAAGCAUUUGAUGAAGCAGAGCAAAAUAAUAUUCG